CGUGCAGAUAACGGCGGUCUGCCUGACAGAUUAGUAGCCAAGCUGACGGCAAUAUCACUUCAGCAGCACACAAUGGGCGUUUACUGUCUCUUGUUCUCAUUCGGUCACUCUUUCACUAGUAGUUAAUCUCAUUUGGUAGUUGACCUUCAGCUUACAAUUAGUACUGAAUGGCUGAGACCGCCAUUUCUCAAAGCGGACAAGCUACCCUGUGUCCUAGAUUCAAGUUUUGCCGGUUUGGCUAGACCAAGCUGUAAGUGCUUUGUAAGUAUUUUUUUUCAGUGUGAAGCUCGUGGCUGCGAAGCUCAUGGUUGCUAGGAUCCGAAUUCGUCCUGGCAUUUGCCUUGCAGAGGGGUGUGCUGUGAAGCCCUACCAGGUGAUUGGUUGAGGUAUAGUGACCACCUGCGCUAGUUCAGUAAACUUUCUACCCGUGAGUCCACUGGAUCCUCGUUGUAAGCGCUCGCAGAUGACAUGUCUCGAAGCUGUACAGCGCUGACGAGGAUUUCUCAAUCGCAUUGCCGGAAUUGCAGAUUUUACAGACUAUCCGGACCAUUGUACUUAGUACUCGCCCUCGCAUUCCUACUCGCCCGCUGUAACGCCACUUCGAUACAAGCUGGCGACGAUCCGACAUUUGACUCCCCUUCAUCCAGUGGUUACAGUAACCUUAAUCGUCAAUCCCGCCAUCUAACGACCCUUUCGACUCUAGCACAAAGUGAACAUACGGAAAGCGGCACUAACGGAGGAGUAUUAAACGGUGGGUUUUCCGAAAAGGACCACAAGAUUCAAUUCGGGGGAGUUGCAGGGACAGGCGGAAUCGGAAGGGGGGAAAGCGGCGGAAGCGGGGGAAGUGGGGGGAGUGGCGGAAGCCAGGACAUUAGCCACAGGCGGGGGCUAUGGCAGCGGUUCAUUGGCGGGGACGAGGCGGAGAGGCAGAGAGGGGAGAAAGAGCACAGGGGCCGAGACAAGGGGACGGAUUGGGCGGAGAGGGAGAAUGUGGGGAUGCUUCUGGAGCGGAGGGAGGAACGGCGGGAGAAGAUCGUGAGGGAAUUUGUGCCGUUAGAUAGGCUGGAUCGCGAGGAGGGGCCGAGGGGGUUUGCGAAUGGGCGGACGAGGAGAGGAGAUGGGGGGGGAGGCGGAGUGGGGGAUAGCGGUGCUGGCAGCAGUGGGAGUAGCAGCAGCAGUGGCGGUGGCGGUGGCAGUGGCAGUAGCAGUAGCAACAGCGGCGCUAGCAGGGGUAGCAGCAGUACCAGUGGUGGCGCUGGUGCUGGUGCAGCGGGUGCAUCAGCCGCAGCAGGAGAGCGUUCCCGCGGUGAUAAGGAUGGCCAGGUGUCCUCGCGAGGAGGCGAAGGGGGAGAGCAGCAGGGGAGCAACGGGAAGAGCAAGAGAGAGGCAGCGCAGACACAGCUAGACGAGGACGAUAUCCCUCUGCUGAUGCCGUUCAAAGGAAUAUUCAAGAGCAAGGACCUAGACGAGGAGAUCAAAGAGGAGGAGGAGGAGGAGAGGAAGAAGGCGGUGGGGAAGAAGGAGGGGGGAGAGAGGGGGUCUGAGAGGAAGCGGCAGGUGGGGAGGCGGGAGUUUAGAAGCGACGACUGGAGCCACUUGGGGGAACACAAGAUGGGGUUGUCGGCUGGUGAAGGCGCUGCUGCUGCUGCUGCUAACACAGCUGGUGGUGGUGCUGCCGCUGGUGCUGGUGGUGAGGGCAGCGUCGGGGGUGGUGCUGCUGACAGAGACAGUGGUAGUGCUAGUAACCAAGCCAGCCAUUCCGCGUCAACUGCCUCUGAUGGCGCUUCACAGGCCACCCAAGGGACCACGGCUGCCACUGGGGAGGGGGAGCACGGGGCUGCUAAGCCAAGCGUGACUAAAACGAACGAGACAGCAGCGGGCGGCGAAAAGGGUGGCGAUGUCGGGGAGCUGGUGGAGCGAAUCCUCGACAGGCUGGACGAUAUGGAGGACGAGGGAGGCAAGUUCAACAAAACCCUCGAAAAGCAGGAGGCAGUGCUAGAGACAGUAGCCCGGGUGGGGAAGCACCACGUGCUCGAGGAAGUGAAGGAGAGGGAGGAGCGGGAGGAGCAGGAGGACCGGCAGGUAUUGGAGGAGGCAGAGAGGGAGGAGGCAGAGGAGAAAAUGAAGCAGCUGGAAGAGGUGGCGCUGGCUAUGGCUGCUGCUGAGGCUGAGAAGAAGCAGAAGAAGAAGGGAGUGGCGGCGGUAGCGGCGGUGGUGAGCCAGGGCGUGAAGGCGAGUGAGGUAUCGCUGUUUGACUUGGUGUUCGGGCGGGAGAGCGGGAAACAGCUUCCCCCAGUUGCGCCUGCCCCUCGGCCCCGUGUGAAGAAUCUCACCCGGUUGGCAGCAGCCAAGAAGCGGUUUGCUGAGAGGGCUGGGAGGGGGGCGAGGGAGAAGGAGAGGGUGGACGAUGGGGAGAACGACGUUCCUAGACUGAUAGACUCGCAGGACAAUGAGUACGUUAUAAGCAGCCCCGGUAAGGGGUCGAAGAUGCAGCUGCAGGAGGACUUCAUGCUUAUAUCGGAUGUGGUGAAGGUGAUUGUGGCGGCUGCGCUGGGAGGGCUGGCGUGCGGGCUCAUGGGGCAGCCGAUCAUCCUGGGGUACAUUGUUGCUGGGAUGAUCAUCGGACCUGGGGGAUUCGGCCUCAUUCACGAGCUUGUGCAGGUGGAGACCCUAGCGCAGUUCGGAGUGGUCUUUCUUCUCUUCGCCAUCGGGGUCGAGUUCAGCCUGGCUAAGAUGCAGGGCGUGCAGGCUGUAGCGCUAGCGGGCGGCAUCAUCCAGAUCGGGCUGUCCAUGGUGCUGGGGGGCAUCUUCAGCAGCAGCACGCCCCAGGGGCUCUUCAUAGGCGGCUUCCUCUCCAUGUCGUCCACUGCAGUGGUUUUGAAGUGCCUCAUGGAUAUCAACAGCAUGGGCACGGAGCAUGGGCAGAUCAUGCUGGGUACCCUCAUUUCCCAAGACUGUGCCUUGGGCCUGCUAUUGGCAAUAAUGCCGGCCCUCGCAGCCCGCCCCGCGUCCGCCUCAGCCAUCCUCCUCGCCCUGGUCAGAGAGCUCCUCAUUCUGCUCGCCUUUGCCCUCAUCGCCUGGCUCCUCGCCCGCUUCUUCGUGCCGCGCUUCCUGCCGCUGCUGCUGCGCCUGGCGCGCGGGUCCUUCAACAGCGAGAUCUACCACCUGGGGGUCGUGGCCAUCUGCCUCUGCAUCGCGCUGCUUUCUGAAGGGCUUGGGCUGUCACUUGAAGUGGGAGCCUUUGUGGCUGGCCUCAUGCUCUCAGGCAACAGCUACAGCGAGCGCACACUGCAUCAGGUGGAGCCCAUCCGCAACCUGUUUGCUGCGCUCUUCCUGGCGUCCAUAGGCAUGGUCAUGCACCCGCUCUUCCUUUGGCAGCACAUCGACAUCCUUCUGAUCGCUGUGGCUGUCGUGUUUGUAGCCAAGGCCUGCCUCGUUGGCUUCGUGGUCCGGGCAUUCGGCUACAGCACCGGCACAGCAGCAUCAGUGGGGGUCGCCUUGGCCCAAAUCGGGGAGUUCUCCUUUGUGCUUCUCUCUCGCGCGCAAACCCUAAAGCUCGUCGGCCACAAGCUGUACCUCCUCCUUAUGGGAACCACCGCCCUCUCCCUUGUCCUCACUCCCUUCACUUUCCUCCUCGUCCCCCGCCUUGCCCUCCUCUUCCCCUCCACUCGCUCCCGACCCCGAGCCAAGGCCUCCCCCGCCCCUGCUACAGUGCAGGAGAAGAUCAAAUCGGGGUACGGAAUCAAAUCAGCAGCAGCCAAUGGGGUGGUUGGGGAGGAUGGGGCAGGGGGUGGUGGUGGUGGGUCGAUGGGUGGUUUGUCUGGUAGUGAGGGAGGUGGUUCUGGUGGGGGCAUGGGUGCUGGUAACCCUGGUGGGGGAAGUGGUGAUGGUUACCACCACCAUGCGAGUCCUUUGACCGGAAUUUCCCCUAGAGACACAGCAUCAGGAGGUUCUUCAGGUGAUUCCUCAGCUGUGGUUUCAGGGGGCGUUUUGUCUUAUCUGCUGCGACAGGUGCAGCCACGCACUCGCACCUCUGCUAAAGCUACAAUAGCCGCAGGUGGUGGUGGUGGUGGUGCUGCUGCUGCUGCUGCUGCUGGGGCUUCUAGUAGUGAUGGUGGGAUCUCAGGGUCACAGUCUGGGUUCAGUCGAACACUAAGUGCUGGUGGCGGGAGCAGCGCUCUAACUGCUACCAGCAGUGCAAACAGUGCUGUUACGGUUACCACCGCAAGCAUAGGCCGCAGCAGCAGCAGCCGUACAGAAAGAGACCACAGGGACAGAGACCGGGACAGGGGCAGAGACACAGCCGCGGCGGCAGUAGUGGCAGCAGCAGCAGUUACAGAGGCUCUAAACCGAGCAGGAGGAGCAACAUCCACGGGCACCUUCUUAGAAGCAACCUCCUCUUAUCCUCACACUCUCCCCUCCCCAACUGCCAUAUCGCCUGGUAUAAGCCCACCCAGUAUAAACACACCCGGCAUAGGCAUACCCACUCCACGACCCUGGGGUUCCCCUAGAAACGCAGCAGCAGCAGCAGCGGACGCCACCCACACCCAGAGACUCCUGGGAAAAACAGGGUCAGGAAAAGGCCUUGUUCGGAGCCCCAGAGUUGCAGGGCAGAGCCCGAAGUUGACAUCGCAGCAAGGGGGAAUGGGGCAUGUGACGAGUCCGACCCGGGGCUUGAGAGAGGGUGCGAGGGGGGCGGGGUCUGGGAUGGCGAGUGGAGGGGUGGGGGGGAUGGGGGGAUCUGGGGGAGUGAGGUCGCAGCAGGUGGAGCAGCAGGGGGGUCAGCUGGGUGCAGGGAUGGGGGAUGGUGGUCAGGGAUCGGGCUAUCACUUCUCCACAGCUUCGUUUUUCUCCCGGUGGAAUCAGAAAUCCCCCAGGGAGCAUGGGAAUGGGAACCAACAGUGGUGAACGAAAUUCCAGUUGCAAUGUUUAACCAGGGAUGUAGUUUCUCAGGUAGUGGUAAUUUGUCAGAAUUUCACUCUGCAAUGCACACAUUGAGCUGGUCCCUCUGAAACGAGUUAAUGGUUACCA